ACUCAUUUUUGUCGCUUUUCAGUCCUUCACUUCCAAUUAUUUGCAGUUUCACACAAACCAUGCGCUUCUCCGUCUUUGUUGCUCUAUUUGCUCUUCUUGCUGUCUCUUAUGGAUUUAUGUACGAAAUGGAGGAUUCGUACCCAGUUUCUGGAGAAUUGCCAAAGAGAAGUUUGGAGAACUUUUGGAGGAACAUUCACUUGCAAAUGCCAUCAGGACGUGGAGGACAAAAGAGGACAGAAGGAUUGAGCAGAGCCAGUGCAAAUGCUUAUUACAGACUUGGAUAGAGCAGCUCACUUUUGUUUCACAAUUUGUCGAUUUUCUCUUUUUUAUUCCAUUCUUGAUAAAUAAAAGUGCUUGUUGGUUGAAUAUUGGCAGUUCCAAUAUAUGACUGUAUGAGAAUGUAUAUAAACAGUUAUUUUGUUAAAU